UGCUACUUCUUCCCCUUUUUUUUCUUUGAUCUAAGUAUAAAGUGGGAGCUCCGAGGCGAGUGUAUUUUUAGAGCAAUUGACUCCCUUCUAACCACGUGUGCUGCCCAUGUUGAUCAGGAUGACUCUCCCCUCGGCCUUCUUGCCAAUCUUGCUCCUGGGACUGCUUUCGCCUUGGGUGGUGCGCUGCGUUCCUUUCUCUGCCCAGCACAACGACACCCUGGAGUGGCGCUGGGAGACUCUCUUCUCUCGCUCCAUGGCCAGGCUCCCGGGGGAGAGGAAAGAGAUCAGCCGGGACGGUGACUAUCUGCUGGGCAUCAAGAGGCUGCGACGUCUCUACUGUAACGUAGGCAUCGGGUUUCACAUCCAGGUCUUGCCAGACGGCAGAAUCAACGGGAUUCACAACGAAAAUCGAUACAGUCUGCUUGAAAUUUCUCCAGUGGAAAGAGGAGUGGUGAGCCUAUUUGGUGUUAAAAGUGGACUCUUCGUAGCCAUGAAUAGCAAAGGCAAGCUCUAUGGAUCUACCCAUUUCAACGAUGAGUGUAAAUUCAAAGAGAUUCUCCUGCCGAACAACUACAAUGCUUACGAGUCCAGGAUUUACCCUGGCAUGUACAUAGCUCUGAGCAAAAAUGGAAGAACAAAGAAAGGCAACAAAGUGUCUCCCACAAUGACAGUGACACAUUUUCUUCCUAGAAUCUGAGAUAUCUUCCUUCAGACCUACCUCAGCACAGGGGAAGAGACAAGCCACGCUUGGGGGAAACAUGGUGCACUUUUAUUGGAGAGUUUUAUGCAAGACUAGGUGUAAGAUAUUUAAAUUAAUUAUUUAAGUCUGUAUAUAUUGCCACAAAAUUAUUUAUAGUUCUGAUUUUUUUUAUUUCUAAAAACAAACAGACAAACAAACAAACAAAAAACCCAACCCAAGCUAUUUCAUUUGAUGGUGCAACUGUAGAAGACUUCUGCUUUGUGGUUUAUUUAACUUUUUUAAAUUUAUCACAGGUGUGC